UGGCGGCGCCGCGGCGAUCCGCUGGGAUGAGGGCGGGCGGCGGCGGCGGGAGGGAGGCGGCGUUGCUGCUGGUGCUGAUCGCGGCGUGCUGCGGCUUCCUCCUCGUGCUCCUCAACCUCCCCGACGGACGCUCCCUCCCCGGAGUACCCGGUGCAGGUGCAGGUUCCGGUGGGGAGCGCACGGGAGGGGCCCAUGUGUCGGUGAAGGAGAGGCGGAUGGAGGAGGUCGUCGGGCUGCAGCAAGGCGUGGUAGCGCAGGAGUUAGAAGGACAAACUGAUGAAAUUGCUGCAGAUGUAGACGAAAGAAUCUCUAGAUCUCCUUCUGGCACUAAAGAGAAAUUAUGGAUGAUGCAAGACCAACUAAUUAUGGCCAAGGCCUAUUUGCAGUUUGCUUCCCCACAUGGCAGUUCACAUUUAGUUCGGGAGUUGAAGUUGAGGGUGAAGGAGCUAGAGAGGGUGAUAAACCACAUUAGUAGCAGUUUCCGUGUACCCAUGAGUGCAUUGCAGAAAAGUAGGGCAAUGGAAAUGACCUUAUCUAAAGCUCAAAGGGCCUACCCACAUUGUUCUUUGAUGACAGCCAAGCUACGUGCAAUGACUCAUCAAAGUGAAGAAUUGGUCAGAGCACAUCGAAGUGAAUCUGCAUUCCUUGAGCAGGUUGCAGUGAGGACGUUACCGAAAGGCCAUCACUGCCUAGCAAUGCGACUUACCUCAGAAUAUUUUCUGUUAGAUCCAAAUGAACGCGACUUUCCUCAAAGAUACACAAUGCAGAUGGGUAGCUUUUAUCAUUAUGCAAUAUUCUCAGAUAAUGUGCUAGCAAGUGCGGUGGUUGUCAACUCUACAAUUUCUGCAUCUAAGGAUCCCAAAAGGAUAAUGUUUCAUAUUGUAACUGAUGCACUGAAUUUUCCUGCAAUGAUGAUGUGGUUUCUGACAAACCCACCAAAUCCAGCCACAAUUCGAAUCAAGAGCCUAGAUCAUUUGAAAUGGCUGCCAGCUGAUUUCACUUCCAGAUUUAAGCAGAAGGGUAUCAGAGAUCCAAGAUACACUUCUGCACUUAACCACUUGCGCUUUUAUUUGCCAGAAGUAUUCCCCUCUCUGAACAAACUUUUACUCUUGGACCAUGAUGUAGUAGUCCAAAGAGACUUGACUGCACUAUGGGAGAUAAAUAUGAAUGGUAAAGUAAAUGGUGCUGUUGAGACAUGCACUUCUGGCGAUGGUUAUCAUCGGUUGGAGAACAUUGUUAAUUUCUCUGAUCCAAGUAUACUUGACAAAUUUGAUGCAAAGGCUUGCAUUUGUGCAUUUGGGUUGAACAUCUUUGACCUUAUGGAAUGGCGCAAGCAGGGUGUGACUGCAACUUAUAAUAAGUGGUUUCAAGCUGGCAAAAGGCGGAGACUAUGGAAAGCAGGGAGCUUGCCACUGGGCCAGCUUGUCUUCUACAAUCAAACAGCGCCUCUUGACCAUCGGUGGCAUGUUCUUGGGCUUGGUCAUGACAGAAGCAUUGGAAGAGAAGAAAUUGAGAGGGCCGCUGUGAUCCACUACAGUGGAAAGCUCAAACCCUGGCUGGAGAUCUCCAUUCCCAAGUACAGAGAUUAUUGGAACAAUUUCCUUAACUAUGAUAACCCAUACUUGCAGCAAUGCAACAUUCACAGGUAGAAGCAGUAGAAGCUAGAAGAUUCACACAAUGGCCCAUGGAUACAUGGUUUUUGCUAUACGCACGUGUAGUAAGCUAAUCUUAUUCAUUCUUUUGUGGAUUUAGCUUUUAGCGUCUUGUUCUAUAUUCAAUUGUACGCAUUGUUAUCCACUUGCUGAAAAAAAAAAGAAUAUGCAAAAGGAAGAAAAAGCAUGAUUAAAUAAAACCGGCCUAUGACCUCACUAGUAAUAUUGAAGUUUUGGACAAUCAGCUCUGACAUUUCCAACAGCAAAA